AUGUGUGCUGUUGAAAAAGAUUCAUCUCAAAAGGACAUAGCUCUGAAACCUCAGGAACGUGUGGAGAAGCGACAGAAUCCUCUAGCCAAGAAGAAACGGGAAGCACUUACCAAUGGGCUGUCAUAUCUUCCAAAAAAGAACAGACUCCACCACCACCAGUACAGCUCCGACCGGGAAAAUGACCGAAACCUGUGCCAGCACCUUGGGAAAAGGAAGAAGUUACCAAAGGGCCUCAGACAGCUCAAGCCAGGCCAGAACAGCUGCCGAGACAGCGACAGCGAGAGCGCCAGCGGCGAGUCCAAGGGCUUCCACCGGAGCAGCUCCCGGGAAAGGCUCAGCGAUAGCUCAGCUCCUUCCAGCUUGGGAACAGGCUACUUUUGUGACAGCGACAGUGAUCAAGAAGAAAAGGCAUCUGAUGCCAGCUCUGAGAAACUGUUCAACGCUGUCACAAAUAAAGAUAAAGAGGUGGGAGUUGGCGCGCUUGCUGACAAUGCCGACCCUGGUGCUAGGGGCCCAGCUGUCCCCAAAAUAUCAGGACUAGAAAGGAGCCAAGAGAAGAGCCAGGACAGCAGCAAAGACCCAAUACUUGAGCCUGUGGUGCCUAAAGACCCCCAUCCUCAGGUGACACCGCCGCCGCUGGAGCCGCCGUCCCAGGGCCUCUGUCCCAGCCCCGCGCUCGCCCCGCGCCCGGAGCAAGACCUCCUGCGCCAGGAGCUGAACACGCGGUUCCUGGCCUCGCAGAGCGCCGACCGCGGGGCCUCGCUGGGCCCGCCGCCCUACCUGAGGACAGAGUUCCACCAGCACCAGCACCAGCACCAGCACACACACCAACACACCCACCAGCACACCUUCACGCCCUUUCCCCACGCCAUCCCUCCCACUGCCAUCAUGCCGACGCCAGCACCGCCCAUGUUUGACAAAUAUCCUACAAAAGUUGACCCCUUCUACCGUCACAGUCUGUUUCACUCCUAUCCCCCAGCUGUAUCAGGGAUUCCUCCCAUGAUCCCUCCCACCGGCCCCUUUGGCUCGCUGCAAGGAGCUUUCCAGCCCAAGACUUCCAAUCCCAUUGAUGUUGCAGCCAGACCUGGAACGGUCCCACAUACCCUUCUACAGAAGGAUCCACGGUUGACAGAUCCGUUCAGGCCCAUGUUGAGGAAACCUGGCAAGUGGUGUGCUAUGCACGUUCACAUCGCCUGGCAGAUCUACCACCACCAACAGAAAGUCAAGAAACAGAUGCAGUCUGAUCCACACAAGCUGGACUUUGGCCUGAAACCAGAAUUUCUGAGCAGACCACCAGGCCCCAGCCUUUUUGGAGCCAUCCACCAUCCCCAUGACCUGGCUCGGCCCUCAACUCUCUUCUCCACAGCCAGUGGGGGGCACCCAGCUGGGACCCCCUUUGGGCCACCACCCCAUCACAGCAACUUCCUCAACCCAGCUGCUCACUUAGAGCCCUUCAACCGGCCGGCGUCGUUCAGCGGCCUGACCGCCGUGGGCAGCAACGCCUUCGGGGGGCUCGGGAACCCCACAGUCACACCCAACUCAAUGUUCGGCCACAAGGAUGGCCCCAGUAUGCAGAGCUUUAGCAACCCUCACGAGCCCUGGAACCGACUGCACCGAACUCCUCCUUCGUUCCCGACCCCUCCGCCCUGGCUGAAGCCAGGAGAGCUGGAGCGCAGUUCAUCUGCUGCAGCUCAUGACAGAGAUAGAGAUGUAGAUAAACGAGACUCAUCUGUUAGUAAAGAUGACAAAGAAAGGGAGAGCAUUGAGAAAAGACACUCCAGCCAUCCUUCGCCAGCACCUAUCCAUCCAGUAAACUCCCUCGGACAUAACCGCAGCUCGAGUGAGCAGAUCAGGAGCCAUCUGAACCCCGAGGUUCGAGAGAAAGAGAAACCCAAAGAGCGAGAGAGGGAUCACUCCGAAUCUCGGAAGGAAAUUAACGUUGAAGAGCACAAGGUGAAGGACAACUACGUUUCGGAGAAAGAAGGCCUGAGCCAUGAAAGCCGAGUGGUGGAAGAGUCGAAGCAGAUGCCCAGGGUUCCUUCCCCCUAUGCCAGGCCCCCCGUUGUGGAGAGCACCAGGCCCAGCAGCACUUCCAACCGCGAGGCCGACAGGAAGAACGAGCCGGCCUACGACAACACGAAGAAAAGCAACGAAGUCAAGGUGAAGGAAGAGCGAAAGGAAGACCACGAUGUUCAGCCUGAGGGACCUCAGACUCACAGGUCGUCUGAUCAGCCACCACCUAUAUCCACAUCCAACGUCCAUCCCAGCCCUUUGGCGUCCAUGCCCAUGACUGUCGGUGUGACGGGUAUACAUCACAUGAACAGCAUCAGUGGCCUGGACAGGACUCGCAUGAUGACCCCUUUCAUGGGAAUCAGCCCAAUUCCCGGUGGAGAACGUUUCCCCUAUCCUUCUUUCCACUGGGAUCCCAUGAGAGAUCCCUUGAGAGAUCCCUACAGAGAGCUGGACAUCCACCGGCGAGACCCCCUGGGCAGAGACUUUUUGCUAAGGAACGACCCCCUCCACCGCCUGUCCACGCCGAGGCUGUACGAAGCGGACAGGUCAUUCAGGGACCGGGAGCCCCACGACUACAACCACCACCACCACCACCACCACCCGCUGUCGGUGGAGGCGCGGCGGGAGCACGAGCGGGGCGCGCACCUGGACGAGCGGGAGCGGCUGCAGAUGCUGCGCGAGGACUACGAGCACGCGCGCCUGCACUCGGUGCACCCGGCCGCGCUGGACGCCCACCUGCCGCACCCCGGGCUGCUGGCGCCGGGGCUGCCCAGCAUGCACUACCCCCGUGUCAGCCCCCCCGGCGCCCACCAGAACGGCCUCCUCAAUAAAACUCCCCCCACGGCGGCUCUCAGCGCGCCGCCUCCCCUCAUCUCCACGCUGGGGCCCCGGCCCGGCUCCCCACGAAGGACUACUCCUCUGGCCACGGAGAUGAGAGAGAGGCCUCCCUCUCACACCCUCAAGGACAUCGAGGCUCGAUAAGCUUAUCUCGGUGAAAAGCAAAGAGGGACGGAAAUCUUGUAAAUGAACGUAAUCUAAAGACCUUACUCUAGUCCUUGAUACAGACUGGGGAUGUGACCCGCUGUACCAUAUGUAUAGACCUGAGUGCAAAGAUUUUGAAAUGAUUUUUUUUGUAUAUUAUAUGUUGAAAUUUUCCAGAUCUUUUAGCCGAGUCCAUAUGUUCCUCGUGUCCUCCUACUCUAUUUUAUUUCUAGUUUAAAAGUUUGGAAAUCUGAACUGAAGAACAAGACACCAGUCUGAGAGAUUUGACUAGAAACAAGCCACCACCAAUGUCAACCCUACAAAGCUCUUUUCAAACCAGAAGUGAAGUCAAUUGUAGAUAUUUAUGUAAAAAGAUUGCUUCAUGGAUUAAUGGUUCAUAUAUGCAAAAAGGGUAAGAUGAAAGCUUUACUUUGUACAAAUGUAAAUAGAUAAAAUUAAGUAACAUAAUACAUUAAUACUUCUUAAACUGUGCUAUUUGCAAACUUAAUAUUGAUGAACACAGUCUGCUUACGCUGUGUUACUUAUAUUGUUAUAGACAGCUAAACCCCUUCAACUAUGCAAUGAAUUUCAAGGCUUUUCACAAAAGCCUUUAUAACUCAAAGGAGCCUUUUCAACACACAACAUAAUUAAAGUCAUAUUUUCCCUGAACAAACUCGUUUCUAGCAGAAGCCUAUUUCUCUUGUUUCGGUGAAGAAACAGCCCUUCAGAGGUGGAGUUUUCUGUGGGAGCCCUUGCAUCAGGCAGCUCGUGUGUGUCCUUUGGCUGGUGUCAGGGUUAGUGCUCUGUGCUCACUGGUACUGAGUCGUGGCAGAUCGGGUUUCAGACAUAUUAAUCUGGGUUAAACGGUAAUAAUCCAAUGCUGGAGAUUUUCCAGAACUUUUGUCACUUGACAUGUCAAAUUUCUUUUGGGAAGAAUAUCUGCUUAUAGCCAUUCAUGUCUGGUUUUACUGCCAGUGUGUCGUUUUUACCUGUAGACACAUUUUUUUGUGUUAAGUGGUUUUUAGCUACAUUGAAACAAAUCCUUACAAGCAAGAGAAUACUUUUCUAAAUGAUGGAUAUGUUUUCACUGUGGAUCAGUAGUUUAAUUAAUGAACUCCGCUGCAGAUUUCAUAAUGGAAUUUAUUGUAUUUCAGUUGGUAAUAAAGUCUGUGAAUAGUUAAAAGGUCAGCCUUGUUGUUCCCUAAUCAUAGAAGACAUGAAAUAACCUGAAGGAACGUGGUCCUUUUUAAAAAUACGCAUCAAUCUUCUGAAAUCUGUCUUUUCAUAACACACUUUUUUAUAAUGCAUUACGUUUCUUGUCUAAAUAUUUGGAGAGAAUAUGACUUUAUCAGAGAGAAUUCAAUAUCUUGUCUACUGGACUGUAAAAUAUAUGUAUGAAAUAAAAUUAGUUCCAUUGGUCUUCUAGUGUAUUAAAGUGAUAUCUGAAGUUGUUACCCUGUUUUGGCAAAAAAAAAGAAAAAAAAAGAAAAAAGUUAACUACAAACAGUUGUUUCUAAUGAUCAGAGAUCUAUUUUAGUAGUCAACUGAAGGUUUAGUUGUGAGCUUCAGAUUUUUGUGAACUCCAGAUGUUGUGCCGUGUUUCUUUUUUUUUUCUUUUUCUUUUUUUUCCUUCCUUUUUUUUUUUUUUUUUUUUUUCUUUUUUUUUUUUUUUUUUUUUAAACAAACAAAAGGAAAAAAAAUACAAAAAAGUCCCAACCCUGAGGAAUAUGUACACUGGAACCGUAGUGGUAGCUUUCAGUAUUGUAAAGAGAUUGUUAUAUACAAACCUUUUUGCUGUUUAUCCUGUAUGUAAUAAAGUCCUUUCUAGAUCCUAUGUGAACAGAAAAGUGAAGCGGCUCUCAAUCUUCAGCAUGUUUCCUCCUCAGCGAAGACUUGUGUAAUGUAAAUUGUGCCAUGUUAUUAAAAAAUGUGAACUAAA